AUGGGUAUUCGUCUGACAGAGAUGAUUUGUUAUGCUAAAGAUGUUAUUCGCAGGAAAUCUAUGUCUAAACGUCCAUUUCUGCAGCAACCAUCUGCUCCUAGAGCUAAUGUUCCUAGAGGCCAUUUUGUGAUUUAUGUUGGAGAGGAACAGAAGAAGAAGAAGCGAUUUGUAGUUCCAAUUUCAUAUUUGAAGCAACCUUCGUUUCAGAAAUUGUUAAGUAAAGCUGAAGAAGAGUUCGGUUUCAGUUAUCCAAUGGGAGGUCUCGUACUUCCAUGUCCUGAAGAUGAAUUCAUCAUUGCCACUUCUCACUUAAAUACUUAG